CUUUUUCGUUUUAAUAAUUUUUAAAUACCAGCAUUUUUUAGGCACGAGCUUUUUUAUGAUCUGUCUGUCAAAUCGCGUUCAGUCAUGGAUUAUAAUUUUACGCUAUGAGAACGAUACCAGUGUUUGAGUUUACAAAUUAAGGUGCCUAUGGCUGUGAGGAAUCGUAGCUUGCAGUGUUUUUAAAAUUGAAACGGUCGCUUGAUAAUUGAUGCAAAACAAUAUUAGAAAACGUCUGUAUUCAUCAGCAAAAGUUGAAGAAUUCACCGCUUUUAUUUCCGUCUUGUAAAACGGUGAAUCGCCAGUAUUUCAAUUUUCACUAUGAAACCAGAAGGUACCACCAAAGUUUCUACCGCCAAAACUGGAGCUUCUGAGGAUACAAAGGUAAGGAAAUCCUUACAUGUUUUGCAGCCAGCUGCAAGGGACAAAGAGAACUUGGUCGGUGCCGGCAGAACCCUGAGGUCUACAGCAUCUGCUAAAGAGCUUCUUAAAAAUGAGAUGUCUGAAAAAACAGCAAAAAUUGAAACUGGAAAACGCAAAAAAGUUAACCACAAAGGCAUACAAACUACUGAGGAAAAAAUAAUAAUAUCACAGGAAGAUCUUACCUCAGAAGCUGGGCCCAGUGAAAAUUAUUGGGAAGUUCUAGCCGAGCGCCGACGUAUUGCACUUGAGGAUGCAUUGGAAGAAAAUAGCGUAUUGACGGAACGAGUUGCCAAACUAGAAGAAGAAAAUCGUGUGUGUAAAGAGAUGUUAGAUGAAACCAGAGCCCUCGUUGAAGUCUUACAGGACAUGAUUGGCGAAGAUGGCAAUGGUAUCAACAAUUCGUUAGACGAUAGUGCACUGUGAAUUACUCGUUGCGUAAGAUAUUUGACUGUUCAAUUACCACAUAAGAUCCAAUUUCCAACACAAGUUUUAUAUCGUAACUGGAAAAGAUUAAAACUCUGCUAUUCAUUUGAGGAUAUGAAUGAAUAUCUGGUGUUUCAGUUAUUCAUCAGUAGUACAAACACAAUAUUUUUUUUUACCACAAACUUGUAUAACGCGUUGUGAAACCAACACAGAUAAUAUUAUUUUUUCUCUUCAUUUUUAUAAUACGUACGAAACAUGCACCGCAUCACGUAGCCUCAUAUUAUUAAACCUUGCGCUACUGCGCAUGGAAACAUUCCAGUUCGUAGAGAAUUUAAGUUAGUGGACUUUUUCUCUUGGUAGAAAAAUGUAUACUAGAAUUCCCAUCUGAAAUUGACAUAGAUAUAAGAAUUCUUAAGCUUUUUUUGGAGUUUUCACCGCUGACAUGUGACGCUGAAAUCAUUCAAUAGGCAUUGUUGAUUCUGAGUCGUCCAACGAGAUCGAUUAUGUGAAGUAUAAUGUUGAUUUGAACAAGAUUUAGCUUACGUACUACCAGCGGCAGCCGAUUUUCCAUCAAUUCGAUACAUAAGAUAAGUUUGUUCAAAUUACGCCUUUGAAAUCUGCAAAAAUUGUGUUUCAAGAAAGAGUAGAAUUGAGACUGCCUACUAGAUACCAUUAAAGAUAGACUAACGUAAGCUAUAUAUUUUUGUAACAUUUAUAAAAUGGAUUGCUGUAUCAAUAUUUCAUGGCUAUGAUAAUUAAUCAACUGCUGAUUGCUAAAAGUGAUAAAAAAAAAUACCUAAUCCAACGACAUAGUAACCCGAACUGUUCGCUUUUUGGUGGAACAUAUUAUACGUAUCUAUAAACAUGUAAUGGUCAUUCUUAAGGUAUAAAAUUGAAAUAUAUAGAAUUUAACAUUUUGUAAUUCUUAAAUAAUUGGUAUCGUGUUUGACAUUCUUUCUAAGUUACAGAUUGACUUAUUAAAAAUUAAAAAUGCUGUGCCCACGAGCAGUAUAUUUUCUGACUAAUUGCAACGUUUAAUCGUGUUAUAAAUAUUUCCUAUACAAUUUUUUCCUGAGAAUUUCACUGUCAACUUUGAUCAAUCAUUGAUAGCCAAGAUAGGAGUCCUCUCUAUUUAAUAAAGACGUAAUUUAUUUUGUUAACGAUCAUGAUUGUAAAAAUAUUUUCAUAUAAUUUUGAAUUUAAUACUCUGCCUUAUCGAGAAUCCUUUUACUACUUCAACUGUAGAGAAAUGUCUAUUUUCUAAUAUAGCUUCUCCAUCAUUAGAAUUUUGAUAUGUACAAGAUUAUGUUCAUUGAAUAAAUCUGAAUAAUACAUUA